AUGAGUUGGUAUAGUCGAUUCAGACAAGGGAUCUACACUCUCGAAGAUGAAUUGAGGUCCGUAUCCCCAUCUGAACUCAACUUGAAGGAGCUGCGACGUGUUAUGAAAGCAGAUCCCUCUCAAUCUACGAGAGAGAUUUCAAGCACUCUAGGGACCGUCCAUGGUACUGGUGUUAAUAGACUGCAGAAACUCUGUCGAUAUGUGUUAAACCAUUUGAGGUCAGCUGACCUCGAACGCCAAAAACCGAAGAGAAGUGAAGUCGGAGCUCGGCGAACAUUACUGGAUGGUUUCCUGUCAAAAACCGUUUUCGCUUCUUUGGUCACAUGUUGA